GGAGUUCUGCCGUUUGAAAAGAAAGUUCCGCUAUUUGAAAUUGGAGAUCUGCUAUUUGAAAGGAUUGCUCCGCUAUUUGAAAAGGGAGUUCUGCUAUUUGAAAAGAAUGCUUCGCUAUUUGAAAAGAGAGUUCUGCUACUUGAAGAGAAAGUUCCGCUAUUUGAAAAGAGAGUUCUGCUACUUGAGGAGAAAGUACCGCUAUUUGAAAAGGGAGCUCUGCUAUUUGAAAAGAAUUCUCCGCUUUUUGAAAAUGGAGUUCUGCUAUUUGAAAAGAAUGCUACGUUAUUUCAAAAGGGAGUUCUGCUUUUUGAAGAGAAUGCUCCGCUAUUUGAAAAUGGAGUUCUGCUAUUUGAAAAGAGAGUUCUGCUACUUGAGGAGAAAGUUUCGCUAUUUGAAAAGAGAGUUCUGCUACUUGAGGAGAACGUUCCGCUAUUUGAAAAGGGAGUUCUGCUAUUUGAAAAGAAGUUCCCUAUUUGAAAGGAGAGUUCUGCUAUUUGAAAGGAGUUCUCCGCUAUUUGAAAAAGGAGUUCUGCCAUUUGAAAAGAAAUUCCGCUAUUUGAAAAGGGCGUUUUGCCGCUUGAAAACAAAGUUCCGCUAUUUCAAAUACGAGUUCUGCCAUUUCAAAAGAAUGCUCCGCUAUUUGAAAAGGGAGUUCUGCUAUUUGAAAAGAAAGUUCCGCUAUUUGAAAAGGGAGUUCUGCUAUUUAAAAAGAAUGCUCCGCUAUUUGAAAAGAGGUUGUGCUAUGUGAAAAGAAAUUCUGCUAUUUGAAAAGGGAGUUCUGCCGUUUGAAAAGAAAGUUCCGCUAUUUGAAAUUGGAGAUCUGCUAUUUGAAAGGAUUGCUCCGCUAUUUGAAAAGGGAGUUCUACUAUUUGAAAAGAAUGCUUCGCUAUUUGAAAAGAGAGUUCUGCUACUUGAAGAGAAAGUUCCGCUAUUUGAAAAGAGAGUUCUGCUACUUGAGGAGAAAGUGCCGCUAUUUGAAAAGGGAGCUCUGCUAUUUGAAAAGAAUGCUCCGUUAUUUGAAAAGCGACUUCUGCUAUUUGAAAAGAAUGCUCCGCUAUUUGAAAAGGGAGUUCUGCUAUUUGAAAAGAAAGUUCCGCUAUUUGAAAAGGGAGUUCUGCUAUUUCAAAAGAAUCCUCCGCUAUUUGAAAAGGGAGUUCUGCUAUUUGAAAAGAAAGUUCCGCUAUUUGAAAAGGGAGUUCUGCUAUUUGAAAAGAAUCCUCCGCUACUUGAAAAGGGAGUUCUGCUAUUUGAAAAGAAGUUCGCUAUUUGA